AUGGCGUCUACCGUCCAGACGUCCGAGCGGAGGAUCUCCUAUGCUGUUGACGUGGAGAAUGGUGAGCGCCAUGAGCGCACUACUACUACUGAGGUGAACGAUGGGGGUUUGGAUGAGUACUCGGCUCUCAACCGUUACAUCUCGACUGCCCGCGAUGGUCGUCGUGGUUCGACUUCUUCUGCCGCUGCUCUUUCCGAGAAGGCUGCUAAGAAGUCUUCUUGGAAGUUCUGGUCCAAGACCGACGACACCGUUGAGGAGGGCUGGCAGGCCCCCGAGGAGUGGGUCAACACUGACUUGCGCUCCGGUCUGAGCUCCGCCGACAUUGAUCCUCGCCGCAAGAAGUGUGGCUGGAACGAGCUGGUUACUGAGAAGACCAACAUCUUCGUCCAGUUCAUUGGUUACUUCCGUGGUCCUAUUCUCUAUGUUAUGGAACUUGCUGUCCUUCUCGCCGCUGGUCUGCGUGACUGGAUCGAUUUGGGUGUCAUUAUUGGUAUUCUUGCUCUUAACGCUCUCGUCGGUUGGUACCAGGAGAAGCAGGCUGCCGAUGUCGUUGCUUCUCUCAAGGGUGAUAUUGCUAUGCGUGCUAUUGUUGUCCGUAACGGUCAGGAGGAGGAGAUCCUCGCCCGUGAGCUUGUUACUGGUGAUAUCGUCAUUGUCGAGGAGGGCCAUGUCAUCCCCGCCGAUGUCCGCCUUAUCUGUGACUACACCAAGCCCGAGAUGUUCGAGAACUACAAGGAGUACCUCGCCAACUACAACGACGACACCCUCAAGGAGAAGAACGAUGAUGAGGAUGAGGAUGAUGAGUACGCUCGUGAGGCCCGCGCUGGUGUCUCCCUGAUUGCUUGUGAUCAGUCCGCCAUCACUGGUGAAUCUCUCGCUGUCGACAAGUACAUGGCUGAUGUCUGUUACUACACCACUGGUUGCAAGCGUGGAAAGGCCUACGGUAUCGUUACUGCUACUGCUCGCCAGUCUUUCGUCGGUAAGACCGCUGCUCUGGUCCAGGGUGCCAAGGACUCUGGUCACUUCAAGGCUGUCAUGGACAACAUCGGUACCUCUCUGCUCGUUCUCGUCAUGUUCUGGAUUCUCGCUGCCUGGAUCGGUGGUUUCUACCGUCACCUGAAGAUCGCUACCCCUGAGAACUCUGACAACAACUUGCUCCACUGGACUCUUAUUCUCCUGAUCAUUGGUGUCCCCGUCGGUCUUCCCGUCGUUACCACCACCACCCUCGCUGUCGGUGCCGCCUACCUCGCUGAGCAGAAGGCUAUUGUCCAGAAGCUCACUGCCAUUGAGUCCCUCGCUGGUGUCGACAUUCUGUGCUCUGACAAGACCGGUACUCUCACUGCCAACCAGCUCUCCAUCCGUGAGCCCUACGUCGCUGAGGGUGUUGAUGUCAACUGGAUGAUGGCCGUUGCCGCUAUUGCCUCCUCCCACAACGUCAAGAACCUCGACCCCAUUGACAAGGUUACCGUCCUUACCCUCCGCCGCUACCCCAAGGCCCGUGAGAUUCUCUCCCGCAACUGGGUUACCGAGAAGUACACUCCCUUCGACCCUGUCUCCAAGCGUAUCACCACUGUCUGCACCUGUGAUGGUGUCCGUUACGUCUGUGCUAAGGGUGCUCCCAAGGCUAUCCUCAACAUGUCUGAGUGCUCCGAGGAGGAGGCCCAGAUGUACCGUGACAAGGCUUCCGAGUUCGCUCGCCGUGGUUUCCGUUCUCUCGGUGUCGCCGUCCAGAAGGAGGGUGAGCCCUGGCAACUUCUGGGCAUGUACCCCAUGUUCGACCCCCCUCGUGAGGAUACUGCCCACACCAUCGCUGAGGCCCAGGUUCUCGGUCUGUCCGUUAAGAUGUUGACUGGUGACGCUAUCGCUAUCGCUAAGGAGACUUGCAAGAUGCUUGCUCUCGGUACCAAGGUUUACGACUCUGAGCGCCUCAUCCACGGUGGUCUUGCCGGCUCUGCCCAGCACGAUCUCGUUGAGAAGGCUGAUGGUUUCGCUGAGGUUUUCCCCGAGCACAAGUACCAGGUCGUUGAGAUGCUCCAGCAGCGUGGUCACUUGACUGCCAUGACUGGUGACGGUGUUAACGAUGCUCCUUCCCUCAAGAAGGCUGACUGUGGUAUUGCUGUCGAGGGUUCCACCGAGGCUGCCCAGGCUGCCGCCGAUAUUGUUUUCCUUGCUCCCGGUCUUUCCACCAUUGUCGAUGCUAUCAAGCUUGCCCGCCAAAUUUUCCAGCGUAUGAAGGCUUACAUUCAGUACCGUAUUGCUCUGUGUCUCCACCUUGAGAUCUACCUUGUUACCUCCAUGAUCAUCAUUGAGGAGACCGUCCGCUCUGAGCUGAUUGUCUUCAUUGCCCUGUUCGCCGAUCUUGCCACCAUUGCCGUUGCUUACGAUAACGCUCACUUCGAGGCCCGCCCCGUCGAGUGGCAGUUGCCUAAGAUCUGGGUUAUCUCCGUCGUUCUCGGUGUUCUUCUCGCUGCCGCUACCUGGAUUAUCCGUGCCUCCAUGUUCCUUGACAACGGUGGUAUCAUCCAGAACUGGGGUUCUCCUCAGCCCAUUCUCUUCCUUGAGAUUGCUCUGACUGAGAACUGGCUCAUCUUCGUCACCCGUGGUGGUAAGACCUGGCCUUCUUGGCAGCUGGUUAUUGCUAUCUUCGUUGUCGAUGUUCUGGCUACCCUCUUCUGUGUCUUCGGAUGGCUCGCCGACUACACCCAGACCUCUCCUGCUGACCACGCCUACUUCACUGCCAACCACCACGUUGACAUUGUUACCGUCGUUGUCAUCUGGGGUUACUCCAUUGGUGUCACUGUCAUAAUUGCUGUUGUCUACUACCUGCUGUCCAGCGUCCCUGCUCUGGACAACCUUGGUCGUAAGACCCGCUCCAAGGCUGACACUCAGAUCGAGAACAUGAUCGCUCACCUGUCCAAGCUUGCCAUUGAGCACAGCACUGACCGUGAGGGCAACUCUCGCUACACCCUGGGUGCACGCACUGAGGAUGUUGAGGAGGACGAGUAA